AUGCAACGAAGCGUCAGGAAACGAGACUACAGGCAGAGAGCACAUGCAAAUCCAUUCAAGGACAGCAACAUCGACAUUCCACCAGAUCCGCAAUCUGUAGACUGGAAGAAGUAUUUUUGCUGUGAUGCAUCCGAUGAUGCUACAAAGCUGGAGAAUGCUACCAGGAAGCCUGAGUUUGUAGACAUAGGCUGUGGAUAUGGAAAGUUUCUUUUGAAGGUUGCCGAAAAGAAACCUGAGCAUUGUAUUUUGGGAAUAGAACUAAGAGAUAAGGUGUACAGCUAUGUAAAGACGAUGAUAAGCAGUUUGAAGGUAUGUAAUGCAGGAGUGAUGAAGACAAACGCAAUGAUAUUUCUUCCGAAUGUGUUUGAGGCAAGGCAGCUGUCGAAGGUUUUCGUGCUGUUUCCCGAUCCUCACUUCAAGAAAAGAAAGUGGAAGGGGCGUGUAGUGUCUCCUCAGAUGAUGGAGGUGUAUGAGCACUUGCUAAUGAAAGGGGGCAGACUUUAUAUAUCCACAGAUGUUGAGGAAUUGUUUAGAUACAUGGAUGAGACGAUUGUUUCAAGCCGGAUGUUCAGACCUCUUUCGGAUGAUGAGGCAAGCCUCGAUGAGAUGUUUGGCAUGAUUUCCCGAGAUACAGACGAGGCAGGCAGGGCAGGAGCGAAAUCGGGAAGGGUGUUUUCAAGAGUGUUUGAGGUGAAUAAAGAAUGA